AUGCCGACAGUCGAACCUAUUGCAAAAGAAAGCCGCAGGGAGCGUCGCCUCAGACGCCAAAGGGAGCAAGGGCAGGAGGCAUCCGCACCUGCACCUGACGCGCAGUCCAAGUCUAAUAAUAUCAACAAGCACGGUCCAACUAAACCUCCCAAGACAGGCCCACAUUCCCAUUCCACCAGCAAACCGUCGUCCAAGAACUCUUCAGCCAAGCGUAGAUCCAAGUCCACGUCGAGGUACGCUUCGCCUUCGUCGAGCUCUGGAUCCCCGAGUACCCUUCUACUCUCGUCGACCGCGGAUUUCAAGGGACUUGAGUCGACCUCUGAGAUUGAAGAAGGCGAAAUGGACCAACCUAAAGCGGGUCCUAGUCGACCCCGACGGUCUAUGACCCCUCCAGCCGCAAACAAGAAUAAUUCGCAGGCCUCUGCUAAACAUGGUUUCGACAGUCAAAUCGACUUCAUCCCGUUUGACACUGAGGACACCUCAGCCCCGCUGACGCGUAAUGGGAAGGAUAUGAGUUCUUCGAAGGGGAAGUCGGGCUCGGAUGUUAGAGCGGACGAAAGGAGGGGCGAUAUGUCGGGGAAAGGGAAGGCGCGAGAUGUGGACCCUCCAACACGCGAAUGGGAUAGAGGGAAGCCGCCGUUGAGUGAUGAUAGAGAUAGAGAUAGGGACAGGCAUGCUAGAAGGAGGGAUCGAGAUACUGAUCGGCAUGCAGAUGGACGCGGUCGGAAGCGCGAUCAUGAUAGAAUCGACGAAAAUGGAGACACGCGGCGGGAUGAAACAAGAAGGACUGCGCACUAUACCGAGUCACUAAAGGCGCCAUGGACGAAAGAUGUAGAUUGGGAUGCAUGUAACAAUGUAGCCGAAAUGAUGCAUAGGGAGGUAGAGGCUUUCGUGAAGUGGGCCUCCCCUACUCACGAAGAAGACGAGAUGCGUGCUUUGAUAGUCUCUCAAAUAACCAAGGCAGUUACCUCGGCAUAUCACGAUGCACAAGUCCACCCAUUUGGUAGCUUCGCGACGAAGCUCUAUCUUCCCCUAGGGGAUAUCGAUCUAGUGAUUCUUUCACCAAGCCUUCAGCAGGGUUACAAAGACUACGUUCUUAGAGACCUGGCCCAUGUCAUUAAACGCGCUCGCAUCGCCGACCAAGUAACAAUCAUCUCUCGAGCGCGAGUCCCCAUCAUUAAAUUUACCUCGAUCCAUGGUUCCUUCCAUGUCGAUAUCAGCAUUGGGCAGGUCGGCGGCCUCAAAUCCGUCGAAAUAGUGAACAACUUUCUCAACACUAUGUCGCUACAUUCAUCUGGCAUGGCCCUCCGUGCCCUUGUCCUCAUUGCCAAGGCCUUUCUUUCGCAACGGAAUAUGAACGAAGUAUUCACCGGCGGGUUGGGAUCUUACAGCAUUGUCUGUUUGGCGAUCAGUUUCUUGCAGAUGCAUCCGAAGAUCAGGAGAGGGGAGAUUGAUCCCGACAAAAAUCUAGGGGUGUUGGUGGUUGAAUUUUUUGAGCUGUACGGAUGCUACUUCUACUAUGAGGAGGUUGGGAUUAGCGUGAGGGAGGGAGGGUCGUACUAUAGUAAGAUGCGGCGGGGUUGGCUGGAUUACUACAAUAAGGGGUUGUUGUCGAUUGAAGACCCAGUGGAUCCCACGAACGAUAUCUCCAAAGGGUCCUUCUCAUUUCAAAAAGUGAAAACGACUAUGGCAGGUGCUUUUGGUAUCUUGACCACCAAACUAUACGAUCGUGCCGCAUUGAUUCGAACGAGACGAGAGGGGAGCAGGCUUUCGCUGCUGGAUUUGCUUCAUCCGGAAGAUUUGAGUAUCCUUUCGAGCAUUCUAAAGAUCACGAAAGAGACCAUAAACCACCGAAGAUUGGUAGAAGAAGAGUACAACAGUCGAGCUCUGCAUGAUCUCCUGGGUGUGAAGCCCCGACCCGUGGUCGUUGACGCGGUUGUUGAAGAGCCGAAACCUAGCAAGACAAAACCAUCUACUGCCAAGCCAGCUUCGGGUCGUCGAACGAAAGAAUCUCAGAGUGUCGCUUCCGCUUGGGGAGAUGACGACGAUGAGAUUGUGAUCCUUGGCGCUAGUUCCGGCCAAUCACCAUCGAAAGCCGAAGCUAUUGUUGAUGACGAAGAGUCAGACGGAGGGCGUUAUGGCAUAGGUCAGCCUCCUCAUAAACGGCGGAAGACCGGUAUGGAUCGGGAUAACCACACUGUCUAUGUGGUCGACGAUGAGGAAGAGGACAGUCUUGCUGAAGAGGAAGCGCACUAUAUCAGUGACAGUUCCAGUGCUCAAGAGGUGGUGUCAAAGAAGCCAGUGUCGAAGGGUGACAAGGAUAGGAACAGGUCUUUUUGGCUAUCGAAGGCAGUUGAGACUAACCUAGGCGAUUACUCGGAGUAA